GAAUAAAACUAUCUUCUUUGAAUCCUUAUAUUUUUUAAAACUUUUUUUCUAUUUUUUGUCGUUAACAUCAUACAAUGUUUUUAAAAUUUAAUUUUCAAUUUGCCGCCACACAGUGUGAGUCUCCACUUGUACACACUAGCUUGUACAGUGUUACACUCUGCAGCUGUGUGCUAAUUGGAUAACAAACCAAUGUGAGAACACGUUUUGUUUACAAAAUUAAAUCUUAGGUGAAAAAAAAAAUACAAUUCACCAAUAAAUAAUUGACGAUGAGUUAUCAAAUACGAUGUUUUAUUAAAAAAGAGAUUUGCAAGUAUGCUGAUAUUCCUGAAAAAAUAUUUAUGUCGCAUAUGUGUCUCGAACGAAAUACAAAAAAAGGGUUUUCAUUUGAAUUACCUUUGAAAACAAAUUUUUAUAAUAUAGAAAAAUAUGUAAAAAACAUAAUCCAACAAAAAUUUGAUGGUGCAUUGAAAAAUAUACGAGUCAAGAAGAAAGACAAUCAUGACAUGCUUUCAAUCGAUGUAGAUAAACAUUUUUUUAUCAAAGAAAUUUUACAGACAAAUUUAUCUAAAAUUUCUGCUCCUUUAGUUUCAUGCAACAGGGAAAAAAUUGUUGUUGAAUUUAGUUCGCCUAAUAUAGCAAAACCUUUUCAUGUUGGCCACUUACGCUCGACAAUCAUUGGAAAUUUUACCGCGAAUAUGAAUGAAUUUUUUAAUAACAGUGUUGUUAAAUUAAAUUACUUGGGAGAUUGGGGUACUCAAAUAGGUUUGGUUAUCCUCGGUAUGAAUUUAGUUGGGAUGUCUAAUGAAUCUAUAAAAAAUAAUUCAAUUGAAGAAUUGUAUAAUGCUUAUGUUUAUGCAAAUAAGUUAGCCGAAACCGAUCAUGAAAUUCUAGAUCAAGCUAGAAAAAUUUUCCAGCAAUUAGAAAAUGGUGAUGGCAUGUACUUUAGCCAAUGGCAAUCUUUAAAGAAAUAUACUGUCAACGAGUUAGACGAAACUUAUAAUCGUAUUGGUAUCAAGUUUGAUGAAUAUAACUGGGAAUCUUCGUAUAAUUCUUCAAAUAUUCAUCAUAUACUAAAAUUAAUGGGUGAUUUGGGUAUUCUUACUGGAGAUUCAAAAGGCAGAAAAGCUGUGUCUCUUAAUAAUAAUAAGCUUGUUCCAAUAAUUAAAAGUGAUGGAUCAACAUUAUAUAUAGUUCGAGAUAUUGCUGCUGCUAUUGAUCGUGCUGAAAAAUAUAAUUUUGAUAAAAUGUACUAUGUAGCUGAUUCAUCCCAACGUGAUCAUUUUAGAAGUUUAAAAAAUAUUCUCACUAAAUUAAAUAUGGCAUGGGCAAGUCAAAUUCAUCAUUUACCAUUUGGUAAAAUAAUUGGAAUGAGUACUCGGAAAGGAACUGCUGUAUUUCUGAAUAAUUUUUUAGAUGAAGCUAAUGCAAUAAUUAAACAAAAACAACAUCAAUUAAACACAACCAAAGUGGAUAAAAAUGAAAACAGUCAGAGCACAGAUAUCCUAGGAAUAUCGGCAAUAAUCAUUAAUGAUUUAAAACAACGACGACUUCGGGAUUACGCUUUUAACUGGGACACAGCACUAGACAUGAAAGGAGAAACAGGAAUAAAAUUACAAUAUACACACUGUCGUCUUGCCAAUUUGAAAGAAAAUUGUGGAGCAACAGUAGCCAAUCAAUGCGAUCCAACUCUGUUAGAAGAAUCAAUCAUCGACGAGCUGAUAAUGUCGAUUGCUCAAUUUGAUGAAGCUGUUAUUGCAUCUUAUCAAACAUUAGAAGCUUGUUAUUUAGUAAAAUAUUUAUUUAAUUUAAGCCAUACGGUAAAUAGAACGCUGGAACGAUUGCGAGUGAAAGGCGAACCAAUGGAUAUUGCAUCACAAAGACUUCUACUUUUUCAAGUUGCCAAAAACGUUCUCAAUACAGGAAUGAAGUUAUUAGGAUUAAUGCCAUUAAAUAAAAUGUAAAAUUUUCCGAAAUGCUGUUAUUAAUAAAAUUUUGAUUAACGAUUUGUACUUUUUGAGGAAUAAAAAUAGUGUUCAAUUA